AAAAGUAGUGAAAAUAUAAUGCAAGGGUCAAAGGACCAAGCUGAUAACAACUCCUCCUCUCCAAGGCCAAAAUCUCAUCCAUUUAAGAUAUGUUACUGCAAAUAUUGUGGUAGGAGAUUUCUAAACUCGCAAGCAUUAGGCGGCCAUCAAAAUGCUCAUAAAAAGGAGAGACGAGAAGCAAAACAUCAGAAACAAGAGAUGAUGAGGAAUUCAAUGAUGAUGCCGAACUUUGGGAUGCCGGCGGUGUUACCCUACUAUUCCUUUGUACUUCAGCCUCAUCACGGUGUUGCACAACACCAUAUCAUUGGUGGCCAACACCCUACUUCGCCGGAAAGUUGUUAUAACUACAGCAGCUGGCCGGGAAGUUGUCGUCGGUUUGAUCAUUCUGCAGAAGAUAGCAGCAGCAACAACCAAGUCAUUGGAGGAGCUGAUGAUGAUAAUGUUGAUGAGAAAUUAGAGAAUAGAACAAUUGCAGCAUCUAAUGAUGAUGAUGAUGAACGGGGUUUUCUUUUACAGCUACCUGACCUCAAUUUGGAUCCCUAGCUUUCUUUAAUUUCAUUAAUUAUUAAUAUCAGAAUUUUAAUUUUUUAUGGAUCUUUUCGAUUUUUGUGUACUAAGCAUGAUUAUUUAGUUGAUUGGCUUGUAACUUGAGAAGUGAGAACUAGUUGUAAAAUAAUGCACUUAUUAUCCAAAAGAUUACCAUCGUUUUCAACUGGAGUAAUUUGAUAGUCGAGCUGCU